AUGAUCCCCCCGAGCGGCGCCCGCGAGGAUGGCGUGGACGGGCUGCCCAAGGAGGCGCCGCGCGCUGAGCAGCCGCCCUCUCCAGCAUCCACCAGCAGCCAGGAAUCCAAGCUCCAGAAACUAAAACGAUCACUUUCUUUCAAGACCAAGAGUUUACGGAGCAAAAGCGCUGACAACUUCUUCCAGCGAACCAACAGCGACGUGAAGCUGCAGGGGGACAUGCUGGCUGAGGUCAGCCCCAGCUCCAGCCCACUCCCCGCCUCUGGAAGCCUGACAUCUACACCCACCAGGACCAGCCUGUACCCAGGGGCUGGCAGCAAGGCCCACGCCUUUCAGGAGCAUAUCUUCAAGAAGCCCACUUUCUGUGAUGUGUGCAACCACAUGAUCGUGGGAGCAAACGCUAAGCAUGGGCUGCGCUGCAAGGCCUGUAAGAUGAGCAUCCACCACAAGUGCAUGGAUGGCCUAGCACCCCAGCGGUGCAUGGGCAAGCUGCCAAAAGGGUUUCGGCGUUACUACAGCUCCCCCUUGCUCAUCCAUGAACAGUUUGGAUGCAUUAAAGAAGUUAUGCCCAUCGCCUGUGGCAAUAAGGUGGACCCUGUCUAUGAGACCCUCCGCUUCGGCACCUCCCUGGCCCAGAGAACCAAGAAGGGCAGCUCCGGCAGUGGCUCUGAUUCGCCUCACAGAACCUCUACUUCAGAUCUCGUGGAGGUUCCUGAAGAACCUGACGGGCCAGGAGGUGGCUAUGACCCACGGAAACGCAGCAACAGUGUUUUUACUUAUCCAGAAAAUGGCACUGACGAUUUCAGACACCAGGCAAAGAACAUAAACCACCAGGGAUCUCUUUCCAAAGAACCAUUACAGAUGAACACCUAUGUUGCCUUGUAUAAAUUUGUACCACAGGAGAAUGAAGAUUUGGAAAUGAGGCCAGGAGACAUGAUUACUCUUCUAGAAGACACCAAUGAAGACUGGUGGAAAGGGAAAAUUCAAGACAGGAUUGGCUUCUUUCCGGCCAACUUUGUUCAGAGAGUACAACAAAACGAGAAGAUUUUUAGAUGUGUUAGGACCUUCCUUGGGUGUAAAGAACAGGGGCAGAUGACACUGAAAGAGAAUCAGAUCUGCGUGACUUCCGAAGAGGAGCAGGAUGGCUUUAUCAGAGUCCUCAGUGGAAAGAAGAGAGGCCUCGUCCCCCUGGAUGUCUUAGAAAACAUCUGA